GCCAUGAACGAGUCCUAUCGCUGCCACGCAUUCACAUGGGUGGAAAUGGGCUCCUCGCCGACGAUGGGCGGUGUGCUCUUCGGCGCCGGGCUGCUGGGCAACCUGCUGGCGCUCGUGCUGCUGGCACGCUCGGGGCUGGGGUCCGGCCGGCAGAGGCCACUGCGCCCGCCCUCAGUCUUCUACGUGCUCGUGUGUGGCUUGACUGUCACCGACUUGCUGGGCAAGUGCCUGAUCAGCCCGGUGGUCCUGGCUGCCUACGCGCAAAACCGGAGCCUACAGGAACUGCUGCCGUUCCCGGGCAAUCAGUUAUGUCAAGGCUUCGCCUUCAUCAUGUCCUUCUUUGGGCUAGCCUCGACGUUACAGCUGCUGGCUAUGGCUCUGGAGUGCUGGCUGUCUCUGGGACACCCGUUCUUCUACCAAAGGCACAUCACCCUGCGCCGGGGAGCGCUGGUGGCGCCGGUCGUGGGCGCCUUCUGCUUGGCUCUCUGCUCGCUCCCCUUCGCCGGCUUUGGGAAGUUCGUGCAGUACUGUCCUGGCACCUGGUGCUUCAUCCAGAUGGUCCACAAGAAGCGCUCGCUUUCGGUAGUUGGCUUCUCUGUGCUCUACGCCAGCCUCAUGGCGCUGCUGGUCCUCGCGACCGUGCUGUGCAACCUAGGUGCCAUGCACAACCUCUACACCAUGCACCGGCGCCUGAGGCACUACCCUCGCUGCUGCCCCAGGGACCGCGCCCAGCCGGCCUCCGGUUAUAGGCACGGGUCCCUGCAUCCCCUGGAGGAGCUGGACCACCUCGUGCUGCUGGCUCUCAUGACCGUGCUCUUCACCAUGUGUUCCCUGCCUUUAAUUUAUCGUGCUUACUAUGGAGCCUUUCAACUUGUCAGCACAGCUGAAGGAGACUCAGAAGACCUCCAAGCCCUGCGUUUUCUGUCUGUGAUUUCAAUCGUAGACCCCUGGAUUUUCAUCAUUUUCAGGACUUCAGUAUUCCGGAUGUUAUUCCACAAGAUUUUCAUAAGACCUCUGAUCUACAGAAACUGGCACAGCCAUUCCUGCCAAACUAACAGAGAAUCCACUUUAUGAGGGCUUUGCAUGCUCUGGUAAGCUGAAAAGAUUCCACAUAGUCAGACAAAGAACCAUGAUUGGAAAAACCUUAUGAUUUAAAUCCUUAAAGAUUAUCUCCUGUGGGGAGCUGGAGAGAUGGGUUAA